GUGUUUCUGGGAAAUCAGGCGGUUAACUGUCAGAGGAAGUGAAUUACCGACGUUUAUGCAGAGAAGAAAGCAGCGAUGGCUGAAUCAACCGAGCACGUUGAGGGAGGAAAUUUGUCUCCCAUUUCCCCCCUCAACGAGGACACUGAGGACGAGGACGUUGGGGGGGCAAAUACGACUCCUAUGUGUCCCCCCAACGAGGACGUUAAGGACGAGGAUGUUGAGAGCGCAAAAACGACUUGUAAUUGCCCGCCCAAAGUUCCCUGCAUAUUAGUUGUUGUUGUAGGUGCAGUUUUUCUAAUUGUAGGUGCUCUAGUGGCUGGUCUACCAGCUGGUUUUAUUGGUUUUUGGAAGGGUAAAAGUGAGUGUGUCAAGGACCCCAGUGCUGAUUGCCCUUUUUCAAAAGCUGCUGUGGCCGCAGACUCCGAGAAAUGUUCACGGAUUGGACGGGACAUUCUUCAGAAAGGCGGCUCUGCAGUAGAUGCUGCCAUUGCUGCGCUGCUGUGCACCUCCAUCAUCAACCCACAGUGCGCAGGGAUCGGAGGCGGGGUCAUAUUCACUGUGAUGGACAGCUCUGGUAAAGUGAAAAUCAUCAACUCCAGAGAGACUGUCCCCAGCAACGUGACCUCUGACCUCCUUAAGUUGUGUCCUAACACCACAGAGUGGACCGUGGAGUGGCCGCAAGGUGGGCUGUUUUUCUGCCAUAAUGCUAAUAUUUAUAAUGUUUUAGUCUAAUCUGCUCUUGGACUCACCUUUAUGACACAGUUAAUUUAUUCUGUACAGGUCACUGCUAAUGCACACUGUGAGUCAUUCCUCUUUCCUCAAGAAAGCAAAACAGAGAUGAUAAAAAAGAGAGCAAACCACUACAGAGGGUUUGGCCGUUGGCAUUUAUUAAAGACAGCGAGUCAGUUUCCUAUAUGACAUCUGUCAGAGUAAUCUAACAUAAACACAAUGAAAAACAUGCUAAUUAGUUUCAGAAAAAGCCAGAGAGAUUGGAGUAGUUAGAUCUUUCUCCAAACAGGUCUUAACAGGUCUUUCUCCAAAUCAUGCACAAGAUGUAACACAAAAGUUUUAAAGGGGUAGUCAGUUAUCUGUAGAAGUAUUUUUUUUAAAUUCAGCACUUUAGUCUGCAAGACAAACUCAAGAUAUGAAGGAUCAUACCUUUGUUUUAUCACCUGAGAGGGUUCUUGUCAUCAAAGAAGCGAAGGAAAGAGACAGCAUGACUGGUAUCUCGUUAAAAUGUCAUCCUCCUCCUCACCUCAAACCUCAUCUACUGAACAAAAGUCAGGACUCUAACACACUAAGGAGUGCAUAAACAUUAUUAUUUAAUUACUGUAAACAGACUGGACAAUUAGCGCUUCCAACUCCAGGCAGUCAACAACAAACCAGCUAAAGUACAACAGCUGGUGAUAAGCUAACAUUAAAGCUUUCUUGCCAGAAUGCUGUCCCAUCUUUCCCAUUUUCUGGUGUUCAAUUAAUGUAAAUUCCUCCCCAAGACCAAUCUUAACUCUCCUCACAAGUCCAUCUUUAUCAGUCAUUGUUUCUAAUUUGGCUCAUCUCCACUCGUUCUGUGGCAGAUUAUCUGUCUGUGGAGGUGAAGCUGGAAAUGUUGUGAGAUGCUAAAGUGGGGCCAGAGACACAGCCUGCUGUGGAUGAACAUGUCCCUGUCCCUUAUGUUGCUGUCAGCAGAGUACAAAUGACCUUCCUGCAUUACUCCCUGAUUGUCUAUAGUGUUUUGACUUUGAAGGGAAGCUGUGGAUCCAUAAGUAGAAUCAGCAUAGUCUCUGUUAAGUGUCUUUUGACAGCAUUUGAGUAUGGGAUGGACAGCAAUAAGAACUGGGAGUAGUUAUUGGAGCAGUUCACUUGU